CGCUCCGCUUUUUUCCCGCCGCUCGGCAACGAUCUAUGGGCGCGUCGGCGCCGUGCGCUGUGAGGUUUCCGCAGGGCAGUGGCGGGCACAGCGCGAGACCGUCCCGUGCGCGGCUGCCCGGCCCCCUCAGGGCUGCAGUUUGCACAUUUUACUUCCCCGGGGGGGCCGGGGGCGCUUUCACAAUUGCUGCCUCCCUCGCCAAUCGUGCCCGCGUGGUGCUAACCCGGGCACGUUGAGCACAAGCCUCAGGCGAAGUCUCAGAAGGGUGUGAGCACAACUUCCCAGAGGCGUUGUGUGAAGCUUUGAUCCCUGCUUCAGUGUGCAUCUUUGUCAAUGAAUAGAUGGAGGUUAUAUCCAUAAGACCCAAACUACCAAUCAGAAUGUGACAGGACAUUCAUCUGAACUGUUCAUCCAUAUGGGAUUGCUUGAAAAUCUCUGAACAAAGGCACUGGGACUGCACCCAAAACAAGAGUGGAGCACUCAUGGGGACAUUUCUAGAAGAAGAAUCACACGGGCUAAAAAUCUAUUUUUGAAAAAUGAACACUCACCAUCAUGCAACUUCAGGAGCAGGGUUAUGAAAAACAAACACUACAAGAGUUGCUAAAAGAGUUGGAAUACUGCCAGAUGAGGCCAUAAUGUCUCCACCCCCAACAGCAGUGGACAAUUUUUCCCAUUUCCAAGACCUUUUUAAAAGGCUCAGGGCAAAACUUAAGAUAGCCCUAAAGAUGUCUGAAACACAGCAUGAGCUUACAGACAACUUACAAGCCUAAUCAUCUCUUUAAGAUCGUGCUUCCCAUCAGGCCUGCUAUCAUGGUCCCCACCAAGAUAGUAUGGCAGACCCUGGCUUCCAUACUUCCUACUUGCAAGAGAGCCAAUAGAAAGUAUUAUGUACCAUUUGAGGAUUCUGAAUUUGUAUUUACACAUCGAAGUCCAAACUCCUUACUGGUGGAAGCAGCACUCCAGUGCAGCAAGCAACAACACUUCUGAAUGACCCUUUCUUAUAAGUAUAGUAAGCGGUUAGAUAUCUUUGGAUAGAAAGUUUAUAUGUCCUCCAUUUUACAGUUCAGGAUUUCUAAUUACUCUGCGUUGCUGGCCAAAUACAACCACAGGAAUUAUGCCAAGUUCCUUGACUUUGUGGAGGAUAUACUCAAAGUGUAAAGACCACGAUACAAGGCUAUAGUCUCAGAGGCCCAAAUUAUCACCUGCACAGCCUUCCAGGCAGCACUCAAUGCAGCUGGCAGCACUCAAUGCAGCUGAUACCACAGCACGAUCCACUGUAACUGCAGAAGUCGUGUGGAGAGCCUCUUGAUUUACUUCAACUACAUUCUCAAGAGAAAUAUAGCCUAUGAUGGAACAUCUUCCCUUGGAUGGGGAAAAAUUGUUUGCAGGCAAGACCAACGAGAUCCUACAUACAAUGACUCACAUGCCAUACUCUGUUCCCUCAGAAUUCAUAUCCCAGCAACCAGAAGAAGGCAAUAUCAGUAUCAGCCCUAUUAACGCCUGCCCACUAUCCUCCCUACACCCAGCAGAAACCAAAUGAAGAUUCAGGCUGACAAAGGCAAAGGCCACAGUGCUGAUGACAAUCAUCAGGAUUGGCACUGCACCCUCCUCUACCCAAUAAGUAAAUUUGAAGGCUUAGUCAAUGAUCUCGAAGACCUCGGAUCUGUUACAGAAUAUCGCCACCCCAAUAUUUGUGGAUUGACUAUGCUCCUUUUAUAAGAAGUGGACAUCCAUAAUCUGACAGAUGGAUUUUAGAGGUUAUCUUUUUUGGAUAUGUUAUCCCUUUCUUCUCCACCCUUCCAAACCACUCAUGUGUCAUGGCUCUUUUCAGGAACUCUUCCCACAAGUUACAACUGCAUCAAGAGGACCCUUUUGACAAUGGUGAACCAAGCAAUUGCUGAAACAGCCUCCAUUUUUAGCCUGGGUUCUAUUAAAGGGCAUAUGAAAGAGAAGACUAGAGCUUUAAAAGAUGCAAAACGGAAUGUCUCUCUUGCAUCUAAAAUCAAAACUAAAAUAAUAAACAACUCUUCUAUUUUUAAGAUAUCUUUAAAACACAAUAACAAAGCAUUGGCUCUGGCUUUGACUGUGGAGAAGGAAAAUACUCGGAGGCUGAAGAACGAAAAGAUCUGCUUACAGCAAGAAGUAGAGAAGUUGCAUUUCCAUAAUGUCUUGCUUCGGCAAAAAUUAAACUGUUUGCAUAUUCAGAAUCCUCUUCUACUGCCAAGUGGUCAAAACAUCUCUGCUGAUCAUCAGUCCAAGACUUCAGAUCAUCCAGUUUUACAGACUGGAUCUGUAGGAACGGCAAUGAAAGUUCCAUUAAUCGCAGCACAUAAUGCAAAAGAUCAAGGCAGCCCUUCAUUGUUUGGAAAACCAGAAGAUCAUUGUAACCUCACCUCUGUAAUAGCAAAUGAAAUUUGCCCAGCUCAGAUCAGUGUUGAAUUAUUGUUAGAGUCUGAGAAAAAUAAGCAAAAGUCAAGUGAAACAGACAAAAUGGAAACAAUCUUUGACUCAAGUAAAUUUUUCGCAGAAAAUCAGCCAUUUAUGCUACUAAGCUCCAAUAGCACUUACAUUUCUGAUCUGGACAAUGUGCCAUAUGUAGGUCAGUCUGAAGAGUUUACAAAACACCACGACAGUCCAUUACCAUUAUGUGGAAAUGUAACUGAAAGGAAAAAGCAUGCAGCAUCUUGUAGAUCGUACGCUCACACUGAUAUAAUGGAUUUUAAUAAAAAAGUGACUGAUAGUAAUGUGUCAGAUUGGAGCACUGAGAAGGGCAACAACACCGAUGAAAUGAAUGUGCAAGCAAAACCAAAUGAGUUGUAUCACCCUGGUUCACCACUACAACUUAGCAAUGAUUUUAAGAUAGAGUCACAUGAGGUACAAUUUGGUAACCAUUUAAAGCCCGAGGAAACUGUUUAUGAUACUGAUAUGGAACUGACUGCCAGUGAUGUGGGUAAGAUACUCACAAUUACAUCAAAAGUCCAAAACAAAAGGAAAAAUAAUAUGAAAACUAAUACGAUUUCAGCAAAUUUGAGGAAGGUGAGGUAUUCAAACACAGGGAAAAAAGACAAAGAGAAAAUUAAAAGCAUUCCUAAAGGCGGUAUAGAUUUCCAUAGUGAAAAAAGGCACAAAAGUACUGAAAAGAUUAUUGAUUUAAACAGUAGUGAAUCAGAUACUUCAAAGUUGCAGAUCGAGACAAAACUGAAGGCCGAAGGGAAUGCUUUGGGAGAGAUGAUCCUACAAAGGACCAAUAUACACGAUGAUAUACAAAAUUCUCAAUACAAUGGUAAAACUACUGGAAGGACUUACCUAGUUAAUUUAGCAAGCCCAAAUAAACAACAUAAAACUGAUUUACAAAAAAUAAAAAAACAAACUCUGUCAGAAAAAUUAGAAAAUAUGGACAAGUUUCCAAACUCGGACUCUAGCUCAUCUAAUAGCAAGGCCUCAUCAAAAGAAUACUGUGCAAAAAGUUUGCUAUGUUUGGAAAACCACAUAUCCAAUGUAUUAUCUUUACAGCAGGACUUAUCGGAUGUAAAUGAAAAACAUAUAAAACCAAAAAGAAAUGGCAAGACUUUCCAAAUCCCUUCUAAAAUAAGCAAAACAAAUUACUAUAGACAGGAAAUUGGAGCACACUCAGCAAGUAGUUUAAAAAGGCCUGGAGCAAAGGCAAUCAAACCUGACUGCAAGACAAAAGACAAGAACAGUUAUAUAAAGAGUGAAUGUCACAAAGAGGAGAAGUACAGUGACAGGAGAAAAACACAGAGUUCAAGUCACUGUGUAGAUAAAAAAAAAACAGAACAAAAGAGUAAUAAGAUUUCACUGGGCGGUUCAAAGAAUGCGCUGGCAAAUGCUAGCCUGAAAACAAAUAUUAUGCAGCUAGGAGAUUUUACACAAUGCACGCACUCUGUACGACCAGAGUUAAAAAAUGAAGAUAUGUUGCAUACUCAGAUUAUUCAUGGAAACAAAACUACAAAUACACAGCAAAUUCAGGAAAUUUUAGCUAUUAAGAGCAAUACAACUGUACAAAAAUGGGCUAAAUCUUCUUUGAAGAACAUGGAUGAAUAUAAUGUUAAUAUAUUAAAGAAAGGGGCAGACCCUUUAUCAAAGGCAAAUAAGAAGAUUUGCAUUGUCAUUUCUCCAGAUUAUCAGAUUAAAAGCAACGAGAGACUUAGUUCUGAGAUAAGGCUAGAAAAAUGUGACCUUAGACAACUUGACCAAGUGAAACAUAAUAUUUUGGAUGAUCAAAAGGUCAAAACAGGGAGAGAUUCCUUCACAAACAAGUUGGUCAAUAAAUCAAUAUUAACUAAAAUUAUGAUUGAAGAAUCAUGCCUUUCAAAAUUCUCAUCUAUGACCUGUUCUAAGGAUAUGCCAUUUAAUUCAUGCAACUUUCUGCAGGAAGGUGUCACACACAUGGAGCUUUCUGCAGUUGAAAACCAUAACAUUUCAGAAAACUGCCCUGUACUGAAGAAUGCUGAAAUCUUUGAAAAAACUAACCAUGAGAAAGUAUUGUGUGUCAAUAGAGCAAAAGAAAAAAUGGAGACAGAUUUUAAAGGAUCCUGUAAAAAAUCCCCAGGAACAGAUAGUAGUAGAAAGGCUCUGCAAGAUCAGACAAAUACCAGUUUAUAUUCCCAUACUUCCUUGCCUAAACUACAGAAUAUUUUAGAAGAAAAUUCAACAAUACGAGCUAGACGGAGACAAGCCACUGUUUGCUACAAAGAACCCAAAAUAAACAGUAAAUUGAGACGUGGUGAUCAGUUUACAAAUAUGGAAUUUUUGAAUUCCCCAGUCUUCAAAGUUAAAAAUAAAAGAAGCUUCAAAAGUAAAUCAAGAUUAAUAUGAAGAAGACAAACUAGAAGAAUAUUCUACAUUUUAAAAUAUAUUAUAAUACCGGUGUUUUAAAAAUUGGAUAAAUCUUCCUUACUGUUCUUUUAUUUAAUGAAGCUUGUUCUUCUUAGUUUCCAAAGUAGAGGUUUUUUGUGACUGCAGUCCUGGUCUUACACGGUAGAGUACUUCCCUGUAAGGCUAAUAGGAAUAGAGAGCUCACAUUGGUGUUAUUAAAGUUUUGUCAGUAACUUUAACUUUUUCCAAGAUUUUUUAAAAGUUGUAAAUUUUACUAAGAAUAAAAACGAUCCACUGGGUUUUUGCAGGAAAUCCAUUGUGGUGUUUUCUAUACUGAACAAUUUUUUUCUCAUUCUGACUGGGAAAACUCUGAUAACUAUUCAAUUCGUUAACAAUAGUCCCAUGCAUUCUUUUUCUUUUUAAAAUACAAAAUUAUAAUACAUUUAUAUAACAUAGACCAAAAAAAAUAUGCUGAAGUUCUUCAAAAGUGUUCAAGUGCAUUCCAAUCAGGUGUGCAUGCACGCACGUGCACAAUAGCCGGAAAUUCCCUCCUCCCCCAGGAGCUAGCCGUAGGGUUGCCCUCAGUAUCCCCUGGAGAGGGGCCAAAAUGGCUGCCAAUAUAGGGCAACGCCAACCUUCCUCCUCUUCAGUUUCU